AUGGAGACCGACGCUGCAUCAACAUUCAGUGCAAAGCCUCCUCCGCUGACUUCGGACCAACUGAAUUAUCUUAUAUGGAGAUAUCUUCAGGAAUCAGGUAGGGCCGCGUUCCCGGGAUCCACCGCUGCGUACGAACGCACUAAACCAAUCCUAAUAGGCUACGCUGAGGCUGCGGUCAAGCUUCAACGCGAUUGGAAUGUCAACGCAGAAAGCCUCCCAUUUGCGAAAUGUGUCCAAGGCCACGCCCUGGUUUCUCUUGUGCAAAAAGGUCUCCGCUAUCACCACUUGUCGCUCACGAUUGAUGAGAAUGGCCGGCCUUCGAAACAGCUCAAUCCAUCCAUGUUCUUCUUUGGCCCCGAGAGCGAGAAACCCCCCCGCGAACGGCCUGAUGAGCCGAUCAUUUCGGCACCUUCACCAAUCGAGUCCGUCACGGAUCCCCGAAGACAACCUCGCGAUGGCAUGACAAACGGUCUUCAGGAAGCCCUGGCUGCCCAACCGGCUGUCAAACGAGGCAGGAAGACAGCACCUAGCUCGGAACGAACUGGAAGCGUUGCGCGCAAACCUUCAGCAUCUGCAAAUCGACAUGGUCAUUCAUCCGCCAUGGACGUGGACAUGCUAAACGGCCAUCUUGCCUCUCACGCCGACGCCAGAUCUCCGUCUGCCACCGAGCCGGGAGCUGAUGAGAGCGGCCCACUUACUAAUGGUAUCAAGGCUGAUGAGCGUAUGGAUAUCGAUGAAGAUUCUCUAGCCGCAGAUCAUCACAACCAUGAACCACACAUUGAGGUCGUGCUGCCGACUGUCCAUACUCUAGCCACGGGGCACAGCGUCGGUAUUCAAGUUGCUCCUGCCAAAGUUGCAAACCUUUCCGCAUCCACUACCAUCCUUGAGCUGCCCCCCAAUCCUGGCUCUGAAAUACCCAAGUCCAUUAGUCGAAUUCAAUGGAGACCUGGGGACGACAACCUGCUGACAGCAAUGGGGGAUGAUUUUUGUGGGUUCUGGACAGCUGCCGACCAAGCUUCAGACGCCGUUGGAUCACCCAGCUUUCAAGAGCUGCUAGAAUCGAGAGAUGAAAAAUCUAUCAGUUCAAUGGCAUGGGAGCCAAAUGGAGAACUGCUUGCAGUUGCGACGUUCAGCGCCCGCUUUGGGCAGAUACAUAUGUUUGACGGUCAGGACCACUCUAUGCUCGAGGCCCUACCGGCAUCGCAAAGAGCAAUUGCCUCUCUGCUGUGGCUUCAACAAGGUUCGCGCUUGCUCGGCCUCGCUCCCUAUGACGCUGAGACUACGAACCCUGACCACGGCGGUGGUUCCUCUAUCCUUCUCUGGGAUCUAUCUCGAUUAUCCGGCCUUGCCGAACCUUCAUCGGUCCCUAUCCCCGAAAUACUUGUGGAUUUGGAUAGUACAUUUGUUGGUGGAGCUGGCAUUGUUUGUGCUGCGGGGGAGAACGCAGUCUACCUCUGUCGCGCCUUCACAACUAUCGCGAUCGAGCGGAAGUGGGCUUCGGAUGUCAGCGAGGAAGACCAAUGGACCUUCAUCAGGUGCACCGUGCAAGGGACCAGGCAUGGGGAAAGCGAGGUCAUCUUGUUUGCUGCGUCCGCCGACACCGGUACCCUAUGGAUGCCAGCCCAGAACGUGUUCAGAAGAGGCGCACAUGAUUCACCUAUUACAGGCCUCGAAAUCCGGCAUCGCAUCCCUGGCACGUCGCUUCCUGCGUCGAGACACGAGUUUGCAACUUCGUCCAUGGACGGAACUAUCAAAGUUUGGCAGUACGAUGUGAUGAGCAAUUCGUUAACGUCAGUGUGCAAACUCAUCAUCGGACAUGGCUCGCCUAUCAUGACGCUAUCGUAUUCUCCCGAUGGCUUCUGCUUGGCAGGAGCCAGCUAUGAUGCUGCUCGCAUCUGGAACGCCGAGCAUAGCCACAACCUGAUGGCAACUUGGAAGGACGAACAGAACUUAUGGAAGGGUGCACAGCUGAAGGAUGAUGACAUUCUGAGUACUUGUAACUCUGCGAGUGUUGACCUCGAUACGAUUCACCCGACUUAUCAUACAUUGGCUUGGGACGGCCAGAGUAAAAGGCUCGCUUUCGGCCUAGGAUCUCAGGUUGCUCUCAUGCAUUUGCAACGAUGA